AUUUCCGUCAUUCAGUGGCUAUGACAUCACCGGCCCCACGACCCCCAUCUCCCUCAACAACAACAACCACCACCACGACCACCACGACGACGAGUAUGGCGUCUGUCGAGGCAGAGGAGGAGGGGGAGGAUGAGGAGGAGGAGGAGGCGGCGAGGAGGAGGAGGAGGCAGGGGAGUCCGGGGCGGGUGACUGAGUCGAGCGACUACGCGCGCAGUAUCGAGCUGCCUCCUCACGAAGUGUUUCGCAACCUGGGCAGCGCGAAACGCUUCGCCAUUGACAUCGGUGGGUCCCUGACGAAGCUGGCCUACUACGCCACGGUCCAGCACAAGGUGACACGUGUCCGCUCCUUCGAGAACUCCACAGAGACCUCCUCCGCCACCACCACCUCCUCCACCUCCUCCUCCACCUCGUCGCCCCGCUCCCUCGGCACCGCAGCCGACUCCGGCCGCACCGGCGGUGACGGCGACGCCGCUUGCCCCCUCUACGAGAUCUCGGAGCAGGACGAGCUGGGCGCCAGGCUGCACUUCGUCAAGUUUGAGAACGCCUACAUUGAGGCUUGUCUCGACUUCAUCCGCGCCCACCUCUCCCUGCCCCCCGCACACGGACGCGCGAUCCGAGCCACCGGCGGCGGAGCUCACAAAUACCGGGAGCUCAUCCACAGCAAGCUGGGGCUGCGGGUGGACAAGGAGGAUGAGAUCGCGUGCCUCAUCAAGGGCUGUAACUUCGUGCUGAAGAACAUCCCAGAGGAGGCGUUUUCCUUCGUACGUCACGGCGAGCCCGAGUUCCGAUUCCAGACGCUGCAGCAGCCAGACAGCUUCCCGUACCUCCUGGUGAACAUUGGAUCUGGGGUGUCCGUCAUCAAGGUGGACUCUGAGGAUGAGUUUGAGAGGAUUGGUGGGAGCUCCAUCGGUGGGCGAACUUUCUGGGGUCUGGGCGCUCUGCUCACCAAGACCAUGACGUUUGACGAGCUGCUGCAGCUGUCGGCCCGAGGUCAGCACGACGCUGUAGACAUGUUGGUGCGGGACAUCUACGGUGGGAGCUGUGACUCGCUGGGUCUGCCUGGUGAUCUCAUCGCCAGUAGCUUCGGGCGGAUACCAGCUCCAGGCCAAGAGUUUGCGAAGGAGGACAUGGCUAAGAGCCUGCUGCACAUGAUCAGCAACAACAUUGGUCAGCUGGCCAGCCUGUACGCCCACACCCACUCCCUGCGCAACGUCUACUUUGGGGGGUUCUUCAUUCGCGAGCAUCCCGUAACCAUGCACACCAUCUCAUUCGGCAUCAACUACUGGUCCAAGGGCAAGGUGCAGGCGCUGUUCCUGAGGCACGAGGGCUACUUGGGAGCUAUUGGGGCCUUCCUCAAGGGGGCCGAGGAGGACAAUCCCAACCAGUACAGCUGGGGAGAGAACUAUGCGGGGAGCUCCGGGCUGAGGAGCGUCACCCCAGAGACACUGACCCCUACAGUGACACCACGAUCACGUAGUGGCACCUUUGACAUGCUGGAGAUGGACCGCCUGCAGCUGAAGCUGGUGGCGUUGCCGCUGCUGCUGCAGCCGUCGGCCUACCGGCCGGACUCCGUGGACCUCACCACGGACGCCGCCGCCCGUGACUACUGGCUCGCAUGCUUCACCGCCUCGCUGGAGGGGGUGGUGCGUAGGGCCGUGGCCAGUCAGCCUACUCUGCCUGACGUGACGGAGCGCGCUGAGAAGUUCCGGCAGAAGUUCUCAAACAAGCUGGAGACGCUGACACUUCAACCCUGUGCCUAUGGGUCUCUGACGGUGAGGAGUUUGCUGGACACGAGGGAGCAUUGCCUCCUGGAGUUCGACUUCCCGGACCCCUACUCCAAGGUGAAGCAGGUGGAGAAUGACGCGGCGCUGCGCCGGCUGCCGCCGGUUCUCGCCGCUCUGGACCGCCUCUCCUGGGGGGCCCGGCAGAUGGCGCUAGUCAGGGGCCUGCUGGCGGGCAACGUCUUCGAUUGGGGGGCACAGGCGGUCAGCACGGUGCUGGAGUCAAAUCCACACUUCGGAUUUGAAGAGGCCAAGGAAAAGCUACAAGAGAGACCCUGGCUGGUGGAUGACUAUGAUGCCUGGGAGGAGAGAAUGAGGGUGAGACCCACAGACUCACCACACAGAGACUCACCACACAGAGAUU